AUGAGUACCGAUUGCUCAUCUCCAUCACCACCAGCAACAUCAGGACUCCAAGCACCAACUCUUCCAGAAGCCCCUGAAAUCCAAAUGGAAGUUGAGGAGACGUCACCGGGAGCGUCGGAAGCGUCGCCAGAGGCACCAACGGCUCCCGCCACUCCAGAAUCUCCGGAUUCUUCACCAGGAUCUCCCGACGAGGGAAUGGAUGUUACAGAAGGGGAACCAUCGACUUCUGAUGCCACAGCAGUCGUCCCUCACCCAGGAAAUAUCGAUAUGGCUGAGGUUUUCAGAAACAAUCAACUAGCCCUCCAAGCGCUUAUCGCCGGCGGAACUCUCAGCGAUAAUCCAACUCUUGCCAUAUCCAAACUCUUCAGCGCUGUCGGUCUCCUUCCACAAGUGAAAACAGAACCAGGAGCACCGGAGCCAAAGAAAGCGAGACUGAAGGUCUUUUCCAACGGGUUCUUCAUGACAUUCGACAAAAUUUCUUCGUGUAAAAUGAAGCAUUUCUGGAGAUGCGAGUACAAGAACACUUGCAAAGCUCGUAUGCAUACAGAUAUUGAGAGCGAGAAGAUUGUGACCUAUAUCCACGAUCACAAUCAUACUCCACCAACUCCCGAAGAAGUGAGACUCUAUGGAAUUGAUCCGACGUCAGUCGAGAGAAAUCGUGUCUAUAUCGUUGGCAAUGUAGCUGAUACAAACGCCCGUAGAAAGAUUCGCAAGCAAGUGGCAGACAGAGAAGCGGCAGCGAAACGUCUUGAAGAGCAAAAGAAGGCGGAACUGCAAAAGCAACAAAACGAGGCGACGAUUAAGGCGGCUCAAGAGGCGUACGCACGGGCCAUCUCCAGUGGAGCCAUCUCUGGCGGAGCCAUUUCUCAGCGCUCGCCAAUGGCCGCGGCCGCUUCACUUCUUCAGUCGGCCUCGACGGCCACUGCUCCAAUUAACCCUCAUGCAUUGCUCUUGGCGCAGCUGCCCUAUUUGAAUCAAGGAAUGGCGAGAAAUGAGAUACCCGGAAUGCCCAAUCCAGCGUUUAUGGCAUCGAAUAUGUCAAUGCCAUCCAGUUCUCCUCCAGUCCCACCGCCAAAUGUCUACUCCUCUCCACUCGUCAUCCAAUCGGAGGUUGCCGACGCUCCGGCCGCUGCGCCAGUCCCUAAUCAACCAUCCACCAGCAACAGACCACUGGAUCCGAUGAUGCCAGAUCCAGAUAUGUUGGCUCAUCCACUAUUCGAACCAACAUUCCAAAUCGCUCGUCAACUUCGAAAAAUGUGGAGUGGAGUUCCAAAAAGGUAUCCGAGACCAGCGGAUACACCAACUGAUCACUUUGAUUUCUACGUUGCCAAAUACGAUGGAGGAUUGGAGCAUUUGUACAAUUUGAUUCGUCUCGAAAGACGCGACGAGGCACAUAUGAAGAAUGCUCUCGAACGGUUCUUCAAUGAAGAAUUCAUCGGACCGCUCCUUUUCAAAGUGUCGCCAAAGAUCUGUAUUGCGUUCAACAAGCCAAUGUUGGACACCUGGGAAAACAAUCAAUUCUUCCUCGUCGACACCAGAAUUCCAAGCUGCUGGAAGAUGAUGUACGUCGAUGAUCAGUGCGACUAA